AUGCGAUCAAGUGGGAGGUGCGGUAUGGUAGAUGCUCGUGCUACGACGGGUGUUGAGGAGGAGGCUUCUAGGCGGGGGCGGCCUGGGGCUGAGCAAAGACGAUUUUUGGACUCAAAAUUUGGCGAUGUGUACGUCAGCGCAGAAUAUAUUGAUUUGGAAAACUGGGCAUACCCGGAGUUUGGUGAGAUAAUAGCGAGCUGUAGCGAGGAUCGAGUGGUGUCGAUAUGGAGUUGUGAGGAGUAUGAUGCUGAGAAGGUGUCGGCGUUCGAUGAAGGAUCUACUACCACCACUCGUUGGAGGAAGAGAGCAUGUUUGACGGACAGCUCGCAUGCCGUUACUGAUAUCCAAUUCGCGCCACGUCGAUGGGGGCUCAAGUUGGCCUCGUGUAGUGCUAGUGGCUGUGUCAGAACGUAUGAGGCGAUGGACCCUGUUAAUCUUGCCACAUGGGUGUUGGAGGAUGUCAUAACAGUGCAUAGGAUCCGGGCUGGGUCUCAAAAUACUAGUACUACUACUAGUACCGCACCAGCAGCAACUCCUGCGGCGCCAACUGGUGUUAUUCAUGGGAGUGAUGGCGACAAGACGGGCUACAGCGCUGUCCUGGUGUACAAGCUCGAUAGUCCAGUGUGA